CUCGUUUGUAAAAUGUCAACACUUCUUCUUAACAGCAAAUAGCCGUUUCUUAGGGUGUCAAGAUUACUAAUUACCGGAACAAAAGUAACCCAUGUAGGAUAAAUCACGUCAACUAAGUAAUAACAUAGAUUUUACAAGUUAUCAUUUACCGUACAAUUGCCUUAAGGAUUGCAACCAUUCACAUUUGCAUCAAACACUAGAGAGUUUGUAGGAGUGUUAAGGUCAUUGUUGGAACCUCACGUGCUGAAAAAUGCAUGCCAUAUAUGAGUAUUGUAUGAAGCAACAACUUCAAGCACAAUAGUUGGUUUGUGCUUAUACCCAAUAUAUUGUUCCGGUCAUGCCGUAGGACAAUUCUCCAUUCUCAAUGCAUACAAUUAGUGACGAAACUACUAAGGAUCCUGGGGAGAAGGAGACCUAUGUUGUGUUAGCAAGAACGACCCAGACGACAGUCACAAGAUCUUCUGAACGGCCCAUAGUACACAAUGUAACAGCAUAUUUGGUUGCUUCUCUUGUCGCCGUCUGCCUUGUGAGACCGGAAUUCCAGGGCCGCAACAAGUUGUCCACCUUGAUGAAGAUCUCAUUUUUCCAUUAUGUCCACUUUAUACACCCGGGAAUUCCCAGUUUGACACCUUCUCAAGAAGACGGUGGUGAUCAUCAUGGCUCAAUGUUCUUAGGUACCAAGAGCCAUAUAUCAUGAUAAUUGACAUAAAAAAU